GGAAGAGAAGGCACCAUGGCGGAGGGAGCGUUCGUGCUGCACGGGAGGAAAGCGGCGCUCAGCGAGAAGCCAUAUGAGUUUAUGAGUAAUACACAGAAGACCACAAGCAGCCAUAAUCUUAGCUACCAAGGGUCUGGCAUCAACCGCAGAGUGCACUCUAACCAUGGCAGGCAAACUAUACCAAAUGACGCCAAUGGUAACACGUUGUCUCUGUACACCAAAGAGAACAUUAGCAUUGAUGACCUGGAGGACAAUUUGAGGAAGUUAAAGGUUCAGGUAGAUAGCCUUGCCUCCAGUCUAAAUUUGGAAACCAUGUCUGACUAUACAAAUAUGCCAGAAUGGCCAAAGCAUAUCCGUAGUCCAUCAUUCGGAGACUCUACAGACCGAAGUCAAGAUUUGGCUUCAAGCUCUGAAUGGUUUUUGAACACAAACCACCUAACAAAACCUCAUGAGAAUUUCUCUACAACGCAUAGCUCAGGAUUUCCGACAUUUUCAAAGUCAUCUCUCAGUCGUCCGUUCGGCACCACAAGCAGCUCGUUUUCAGAAAUGGAAUCUUCUCCCACACCACCUUCAGACAUUGCUUAUGGAGAAUCCAUCCCGGUGAAGCUUGGUGCUCCUCACGUAGUUGGCGUUCGGUCUCUUUUACCUCCAAAGGUUCCUGUGCGGUCUCAAUCUCCCGAGAGAACCAGAGUCUCGAUGCCCCGAGGAAGAUCUCAGUCGCUUGAUCGCUCGCACUCCUUUUCACCGACUUCUAAGAAAGCUAGAUAUCUCCGAUCCCGUUCUCAAUCUCCAAAACCUAUCUGGAGGCCAAAUUCUGCUAAAGCUAAUGCGUGUGGCCAGCCACCGGGAAGAAUUAAAUCCAACGUUAAGACGUCCUCUUCCAACAGGCAAUCUCGCUUACGGUUUUACAGGCCUGGGUCUUUGGCAGCAAGAUCCUUUACUCCUCCAAGGAAGACCAAAAGCAGUCUUGGCUACUCCUGGAGUCCUUAUAGUGUUCCAUCAUCUGUCAUAGCAGCACCCAGUGCAGAAGAGAUCAGUGAAAGGUAA